AAAGAAAUAGGAGGUUUUGAAGGGCGCGUGCUGGAAUGUGUAAUGUACGCGCGGGUGGAAGAUUCGCAGGAUGUUGUGUUCCCCCGACAGCUUUAUGAAACGCUGCCUAGCUCCCACUCACUGAGUCACUCGCUGUGUUGUGUUGCUUUUCUUCUUUCUAGUUUCUUCUUUCAUCCUCUCUGGUGUAGUGUAGUUGCUUAACGAGGUGAAGAAAUGGGAGAGGGAAGAGGGUCCACUCUGGUGCACCUUCUGGUUGUGGCUCUCUGCUUGGUUGCAUUUGGUUUCGCCAUUGCUGCUGAGAGAAGAAGAAGCGUGGGAAGCAUAAAAAGAGUUGAAAGGACAAAUGAAACAUACUGCACCUACAAUUCAGAUGUGGCAACAGGGUAUGGAGUGGGGUCUUUCCUCUUCCUCCUUUCAGGUCAAUCACUGCUUAUGGGGGUCACAAAGUGCAUGUGCUUCGGCAGGCCAUUAACACCUGGGGGUAAUCGUGCCUGGUCUAUCAUCUAUUUUAUGUCUUCUUGGGUGACUUUUGUUAUUGCAGAAGCCUGCUUGAUAGCAGGAGCCAAAAAGAAUGCGUAUCACACCAAGUACAGGGGAAUGAUUUAUGCUCAGAACUUCUCUUGUGAAUCAUUGCGCAAAGGUAUCUUCAUUGCCGGAGCCAUUUUUGUUGUUGCAACCAUGAUCCUCAAUGUUUACUACUACAUGUACUUCACAAAGGCAACUACAACUUCGCCUUCUCACAAGCCCAAUCGCCAAAGCCCCUCUCUUGGUAUGACUGGAUAUGCAUAAUUUCCAACAAACAAACACAAAUAUUUAUAGUAAUACAUAUGCUCCCUACUAUUUUGUAACAUAAGCAAUGCUUUUAGAGUGCUCAUGGAUUUAUCAAUCAAGAGUUGUCAAAUAUAGACUAGUAGUAUCGCUGGAUUUGAUCUUGUUCCUAUAGAGACAUCGAAAUUAGUUUGUAGCUUGUGUGUAGACAGACAUGAAAACACUAGCUCUCAGAAUUGUCAUUUAAUGUAUUUUUGUCACAUUGAGUUGAAGAAUUGCUUUAAUCCA